UCUUCCUCCUGGAGGCUUCGGCAUGAACGCCUGGCGAAGGGCGUCCCCGAUGAUCGCCAUCGAGGAGAACGCUUCCACUUGGACCGAUCCGGGGAUCGUGUCCCGGAGUCGAUGUAUGCUGGACUGGGUUGAUCGGACGAGAAAAGCGGAAACACCGAUGAAUCGCCCUUCUUCACCGCAUAAGAGGACGGGAAUUCGAGUUGGGCAAACGCGCAUUUCGUCGGUCAGGGAUUUCCUUUUCGCCGCCCCGGACGCUCGAUUCCUCCCGUUUCGAUCGUCCGCGAAGGAACGCCUCCGGUUGUAUUGCGAUGGCGGGCGCGCUAGUGGAUCGAGCCACGAGCGACAUGCUAAUGCGGCCGGACGGGGCGAUGAACGUGCAGAUCUGUGAAAUCCUCAAUCGCGAUCCGGGGCAAACUAAGGAUGUUGUUAAGGAUCUCAAAAAACGUAUUGGGCAUAAAAAUCCUAAGGUUCAGCUUCUUGCGCUAACACUAUUGGAAACAAUGAUAAAAAAGUGUGGUGACAUAAUCCAUAUGUAUGUUGCUGAGAAAGACGUAUUGCAUGAGAUGGUGAAGAUUGUAAAGAAGAAGCAUUCUGAUUCUCAUGUUAAGAAAAAGAUACUUAUAUUAAUAGAUACGUGGCAAGAAGUUUUUGGCGGUCAACGAGCAAGAUAUCCUCAAUACUAUGCAGCGUAUCAAGAACUGCUGAGAGCUGGAGUUGUAUUUCCUCAGAAAUCUGAGAGGUCUUCACCUGUUUGUGCUCGUCCACAGGCAAGGCCUCUGCGUUCCCAUCCUCCACCAGUGCGGAGUCCUGAGUUUCAAAACAAAGCACGUGGAUCUUCAAUUACACCUGCUGUUCCAGUUUUGAGACUCAAUGAAAUUGAGAAUGCUCGUGGUAUCAUGGAUGUUCUAGCAGAGAUGUUGAAUGCCUUGGAUCCUGUGAACAGAGAGGGUCUGAAACAGGAGGUAUUUGUUGACCUUGUCGGUCAAUGCCGUACCUACAGACAGAGAGUAGUGCAUCUCGUUAACACAACCUCAGAUGAGGAGCUGCUUAGCCAAGGACUUUCCUUGAAUGAUGAUUUGCAGAAUGUGCUAGCAAAGCAUGAUGCUAUUGCUGCAGGUACUGCUGUUCAUGAUGAGAAACAAAAAUCUGCACUUGACCAUGUUGAUGAUUCUUCAGCUAGCAAAGAGUCAGAUCAAAGGUUGUCAACUGCAAGUUCAAGCUCAAGUAACCAGCCGCCUCCUCUUCAGCAAUCACUGCUACAUGGAUCUCUUGCAUCCUGUGAUUCAGCAAUCUCUUCCGCAAAAAUUGAACCCAGUAUGGACCUUAUUAGUGGUGAUGACUACAAUAAACCUGCAACAGAGAAUCUGCUAGCUCUUGUUCCUGCCAGUGAACCACUUACCAAUGUUGCUUCUGAGCAGAACGUCUUAAGGCUUGCAGAAAUGUUUCCUCCUAUCAUAUCUAACAGUAGCAGCACAAAUCCUGCAAACCGUUUUGAUUCGACUUCUGGAAUUCCUGCACAACAGACAUAUCCUGCUGGAACCAACAUUCAGCUGCAGGUGCACCUAAUACAACAGCCUGCCCUUUUUACUAGUGGAGGCAUCCAAAGCUCAGGAGCACCUCAAUUUGAGCAGGCAAGUCGUGAUCAGGGAGUGCAGCUAACCCACAUGAGCAUUGUGUGGGAUGGUCAACUUUCUCCAGCAUAUAAUCCAGAGGAACAGGCACUAAGUUAUGAUGAUCAAGCUGGUGCUCUUCCCCCACCACCAUGGGAGGUGCAACCUGCGCAGAAUGAUUUGCCAGGUUUGCAGCCUCAACCAUUUCAAAUUGAUCAGCUUGGAGACAUGCAUUCCUUGCCAAUACAAACCGGCCAGCUUGAAGGCGCUCAACCUCAACCCUCGCUGGCCGGCCAGCUGGGAAAAAUUCACCCACAGCAUGUACUGGGCACCCUGCUCGAAGGGUUACAACCUCAGCUUGCACAAAGCAGUCAGGUUGUAGGCGUGUAUCCUCCGAUGCAAAACAGCCGGAUGACAGCCAUGCAUCAACAGCAAAUGUUUGGAGGCCGUGUCGCCGAUAUGGGUCAACAGUCCAUGCAGGGAGUUCGGCUGACAGGCUAUGGAUUUGGGCAGCAGCCAGAUGCUCAAUACUAUGAUCCAAUGAGUUCAACAUACCCUUAUUAUAAUCCAACUGAGCUCUCACAUGGAAUGUAUGGGCUGUCCGUGCAAGAAAACAGCACAUAUGAAGGUAACAAUUCUUCCUACCAGAUGCCUACCAUAUCCUCAUCUAACCUGCAGCAACCGAACAAGCCAAUGAAGCCUGAGGACAAGCUUUUUGGUGAUCUUGUUAGUAUGGCCAAAACAAGACAAACUAAACCUACUGUCAGCAGGGUCCAGGGCUUGUAAAAUUUAACGAGCAGAACUGUUUUUUCAUGCUGAUUCUGGUGCUUGCUUAUUAUGUAUUUUCUCUUGUCUGCAUAUCUCCAUUUGUAUUUUGUCCUCUUUCUAUCAAUCAUUCACUUCAUUUUGGAAGGAUAGAGGUGAUUAGAGAGAUCUGAUGUACAGCGUUGCUUACAUGUUUGAUGAUUCAGAGCCCUCAUUUUAGAC